CUCGAGCCACUAGGGUCGCCUGACUCCCAUCGCGCGGUGCUCCAGUUCUUUUGCUGCCAUCUGCUCCUGGGCGCCAUCAGCCAUGGGUCCCUGGCCCUACUUGGCGCGCGCCGCCCUGUUGCUGGUGUUCUUGGGAGUCGGCACCGUGCGUUCCGAUACACCUGCCAACUGCACCUACCCUGACCUGCUGGGCACCUGGGUCUUCCAGGUGGGCCCCAGAGGUCCCCGAAGCGACGUUAACUGCUCGGUGAUGGAACCAACAGAAGAAAACGUACAUGUUGUGGUACACCUUAAGAAGUUGGAUACAGCAUAUGAUGAGUUCGGCAAUUCUGGAUAUUUCACCCUCAUUUACAACCAAGGCUUCGAGAUUGUGUUGAAUGACUACAAAUGGUUUGCCUUUUUCAAGGAUGUCACUGAUUUUAUCAGUCAGUUGUUCAUGCAGCUGGGAACUGUGGGAAUAUAUGAUUUGCCACAUCUGAAGAACAAGCUGGUUAUUAAAUAGAUCGUCUGUUGAGAGGCUCUUUUAAUACCGCAGCCAAGAACAGACUUUGGUUUAAGAGGCCAAAGACUUGGAUCUACCUCUAGCAGCUAGCAGAGGCCAUGGCAGCUACAGUCCCUUCUGGAAUCUGUUUGCAUGUAAAAUGCAGAGGAGUCCUGGUGACCUACCUCCAAGGCAGCUGCCAUCCUGAACGUUUCCUUGGAAAACAAUAAUCACCACUAUGGAAUGUGAACAACCAGAAACUGCACAGAAUAAAGGAAAAGUACUGUGGAAGAGAUGAAGUCUCAGGGGGCUUCAGCAUUUAGCGUUUUCAUAAGAGGAACGAUUUCUUUCUUGUCUUAGUUAAAUACCGUCAUGUUGAAAUGGUUUCUCCAAACCUAGAUAGUUUGGAGUUUGGGUUUGGGGACCUUUUUUUUUCUAUGUUUUAUCACAGUGAAAAUUUUAUUCACAGUUAACUUGUCUCUUCCUGGGUGCCUUCACUUUCUUUACCUUGAAUAACUCCCAAACCUAAUGUAGAGGAAAAGAAGGCUUUGAGAUGACCUGAAAUGGACAGAUGUUAGCUAUCGGAGGGAAGAUGGUCCCAUGGAAGCCACAUAGAAGGCAGAAAAAUGUUUUCCUAGCCCAAUACUAAAAGGUAUAUCUUCUUGUACACAGUGGACUGAAGCACCCCCAGCGAGAAAGAUGAUGUGGUUAAUACUUUUCUUCUUCUCUUGACCUUUCUUUACUUCUUUUUCUCUUCUGUUUCUUCACUUUGUUUUUUAGAUUAGGUGCUAGCUAAGUUGACAUACUAUGAAUCUGAAACUCCCAUAAAAUUGAUAGGACUAGUUUCCUUUUACAGAGAGCAAUGGUUAACCUCUUAUAAAGCAUAAGCUCACAUAGUUUCUGACUGUAAAAUGAUACUCCUAAUCUCAAAACUAAGACCUUCCCUGGGGCUAAAAAGUAAAAGGAAAGCCAUCUUAACAAAGUAAAUGGUAUUUAAAACCACAUUUGGGUAGUUUUUCUGGUGCAUUCCAGCACAUAAGCAUCAUGAGGUUAGUUUAAUGGGUUGGAGUGUAUAUUGCAUUGGCUGUUACUGGAGUCUUAGGAGAGUGCCUUUCUGGUUUAGGUUUCCUUACCACUGAGCCCCAUCACUUUCUUACUUUAAACCAGAGUCUUUUCAGUCAGCAGGUAACACUAGCUUGUCUUUCCCCUCUGCAAGCUUUUAAACUGAAGUAGAAACCCCAAAGAAAUCCCUUGUGAAACUGACUUUCCUUAAUUGCACUAUUGUUCAGCCUGAUUGCUAUCUUCUAGCUCUUUCCUGCUGAGCAGUGGAGUCAUUUCCUUCUCACUUGGUUUAGAACUGACUUGGAAGAUCUAAAAGGUGCAUGUGUACAUAGUCCAUGUUAUCCAGCUCGGAAGAUUUGUGAUCUGUGAGUCAUCAUGACAGUUUUAUGCCAUGUAAGAUUUACUGGGUUGUUGAUUUUUUUUUCUCAUCCUGCCUCUGGUCCCAGUAGUCUUCAACAUCUAGAAAGUGGGUGCCACUCCAUUAGUGGGAGAGAGGCCAUUAAUGAUUCCCUUUGUCCUCUGCAGGUACCUCUGGUUUGUACUUGUAGAGGAAUGGUCUGGUGUCUAUCUUCUGGGAUGCACAUCUGGUUUUCUCUCUUUUAUCUUCAGAACCUAAUGCAAAUAGAACUUUGUAGGUCUGGAGGAGUGAACUCACUUUUCUUUCUGCAGACUUUUUACAAGUAAUACUAGCCUACAAAGUGUCAGUUACGUUUUUAUUGCUGUUAUAAAAGACCAUGACUAAGGAGACCCAUAAAAGAAACUGUUUAAUUUAGCUUACAGUUUCAGAGGGCUAGAGUCUGUGAUGGUGGAGUGAAAGAAUGGUUUAGAGCUCACAUCUUAAGCCACAAACUCUAGGCAGAGAGAGCUAACUGGGAACUGGGGAGUCUUCUGAAACCUUAAAACCCACCUCUAGUGACACACCUCUUCUAACAAGGCCACAUGUCCUAAUCCUUCCCAAGCAGUUUAACUAAGUGGGGACAAAGUAUUUACGUAGAUGAGCCUAUGGAUGGGGAGGGCAUCCUCACUCAAACCAACACACAAAGCAUCACUUUUCUUGGGUUCUGGAAACAUUGGCCAGGGGUGGCACUAUAUCUGUAGUUCUCUGUUCUAGGAAAUAUUAUCAAGUUUCCUGCCUCCAGAGCCUUCAGAGAGUUCUAUAUUUUAAAGCUGAUUUUCAAGGUCUAUAAAUAUUGUUGGCUACACAAAUGUACUUGUUAUGGAAAUUUUUUUAUAUUUCUCUGUGUAAUUUGGUUUCUAAAUGUUUAUGGGAGCAAAUUAGUGGGCACAAAAUUGUAGAUAUGUGCCAAAGGGCUCAUAGUACACUAAUGCUUAGCAUUGUUUGUCAUAAUUGCCUAUUUGUCUUCCUUUCUGCUCUGUAAGAGAAGGGAUUAUUGACUCUGUAUUACAGAAUACUGUAUUCCCCGUGUAUCAUGCAAUGUGUGUCAAAUAGCAUGAAAAUAUGGGUUUAAUAAAUAAUUCUUUAAGAAAGA